AUGUCUCUCAUGGAUACUCCCAUCCCUAAGCCGCCAGAUCCGGCGUUGAAUCCUGCUGCAUAUCUCAAAAGCAUUCACUCUGUCCGCGAGCGAUCCAAGCUGGUGAUGGAAAAAGCCAGUUCGAACAGUCUGAACCAUUUUGAUGUUAACAUGGACAUGUUUCAGAAUACUGCCAAUUAUGUGGUUUCUAUAAUUAGGCGAGACUUUGCAGACGAUUACCAGUCAAUACCGCCUCACGGGCGGUGGCAGCACUUCGACGUUGGCGGCCGUCCACGUGUAGACCAGUUGCUUCAGUCUUGGCUUAGCACCGUGGACGCUCAAGAGAGAGCUCGUCGUGUCAUUGAUCUCUUCACAGUCUCGGUCUUGCUUGAUGCGGGUGCAGGAAAUAAAUGGUCCUACAGAUCCAAAGAAUCUGGCAAGGCGUACCGAAGAAGUGAAGGGUUGGCUGUUGCGAGCCUGGAAAUGUUCAAGACGGGUGCGUUCAGUAGUGAUCCAGGAGCACCUCACAGAGUCGACAAGGACGGGUUGAAGAAAAUAACCUUGAAAUUGCUGGAAAGAGGCAUGCAGGUCUCAGAAGACAAUCCGAUGGCAGGCCUUGAAGGUCGAGCCGGUCUGCUAAUGAGGUUAUCGGACGCAAUGGCUAACACGAAGCUUUUUGGCUCUGACGGCAGACCCGGCAAUAUGAUAGACUACCUACUGUCACAUCCCACAACAAAGGCAGCAUCUGUGCCCAUUGUUUCUCUACCAACCUUAUGGGAGGUUCUUACCGACGGCUUGGCACCAAUCUGGCCUGCUUCUAGAACCCAAAUCAAUGGUGUCUCGAUUGGAGAUGCAUGGCCGUGCUCCAGCAUGCCCAGAUCUCCUCCAGCUCAGCCAUGGGAGAACAUUGUUCCCUUCCACAAGCUGACUCAGUGGCUGUGCUAUUCGCUCAUGGUUCCCAUGACCAAGCUUUUGAACAUUCAGUUCGCAGGAAGCGAGCUUCUGACUGGACUGCCCGAAUAUCGCAAUGGUGGUUUAUUGAUAGAUACAGGCCUACUGACAUUGAAGGUCGCGGAUAUGGAGCGAGGAAUUGUUGCGUACAAGCACAAUGCCGAGCUCACCGGACAGCCAAGCAUGGAAGUCAUUCCGAUGUUCGAAGCUGCAGACGAUGUCAUUGUGGAGUGGAGAGCACUUACUGUUGGCUUUCUUGACAUGCUUCUAGAUGCUGUCAACCAGCGUCUGCGGUUGACUGGUGAAAACCGUCUCUCGCUUGCUCAGAUGUUGGAGGCCGGUUCGUGGAAGGGAGGCCGCGAGAUUGCUGAGGUCCUUCGUACCCAAGGUCGAUCUCUAAGAGCAGGCUACUUUGAGGAACUCGAUGCUGUCCACGAGAGCGAGGAAGAGCACUCUUUCGACAAGAACAGGGACUCUGCUUACCCGCACUCAGAGACCCCGCUUCCUGGUGUGAAUAUGGACGCCCGCAAACGGAAGAAGAAAGUCCUCUUGAUGGGCAAGAGUGGCUCUGGCAAAUCUUCCAUGCGCUCCGUCAUCUUCAGUAACUUCGUCGCCAAGGACGUUCGAAGGCUCGGGGCAACCAUUGAUGUCGAGUACAGCCAUGCCAAGUUCAUGGGAAACUUGACCUUGAAUCUCUGGGACUGUGGAGGGCAGGACGCUUUCAUGGAUUCGUAUGUCUCCGCCCAGCGAUCCAACAUCUUUUCCGAUGUUGCUGUCCUCAUCUACGUCUUUGACAUUGAGUCACGAGAGGUCGAUCGUGAUCUAGACACCUACUCUACCAUCAUCCGAGCUCUACACCAAUAUUCUCCUUCAGCAUAUGUCUUUUGCCUGAUACACAAAAUGGAUUUGAUACAGCUCGAGCAUAAGGAGCAUCUUUACUUGGAACGAGCACAGCUGGUGAAGGAGAGGAGUGAAGGUUUCGACCUGGAGACAUUCGCGAGUAGCAUCUGGGAUGAGAGCCUUUACAAGGCGUGGGCUGGAAUUGUGCAUAAAUUGAUCCCAAACCUUGCGGUGAUUGAGAGAUUCCUGCACGCGUUUGCAAAAGCUAUCAAAGCAGAGGAGAUUGUCCUUCUCGAACGCUCUACAUUCCUCACGGUCACCUCUGUUGUAAACAACACAAAACCACUUCCGAAACACAAGGCGCCUAUAUCGAAUUCUCCGCCCUCCGACUCACCGACAAACGAAAGCACGCCAGAAGAUGACAGUAACCCCAAUUUCGACCGCCACGAGCGCAUCUCAAAUAUCCUCAAAACAUACAAGCACACCGUUGCGCGUAAUACGUCGAAUACACCAGCCUCCGCUGGUUUCGUUUUGCUCAAACUUCAGACAGCACAGUUUAAUCUGUUCCUGUCAAGAUUUACGGAUAAUACAUAUGUGUUUGUGGUGGUGCCGCCCGGGGAAGCCGCCUUCAACUGUGCCGUGCUGAAUACAUUGUUGGCGCGCGAGUCAUUCGAAGGGGUGACGAGUGCAAAGUGA